AUGAGGAUUGCUCUCGAAGUGAAGAACAAAUAUGGAUUUGUUGAUGGAUCCAUGGUUAGGCCUGAGGAAACUGAUCGGAGAUUCUCUUUUUGGAAGAGGUGCAACAACAUUGUCUGCUCGUGGAUCCUCAAGUCUCUCAGCUCCACGAUUGCAGAAGGAGUCCCGUACCUUGAAACUGCAUCAGAUGUGUGGAACACUCUGAAGAAGAGAUACUCUCAGAUAGACUCACACAGGAUUGCUGAGCUGCAAAAUGAGAUCUAUCGAUGCUCACAAGGUAACUUCUCAAUCAACGAGUAUUUUGCUAAAAGCAAUUGUUUAUGGAUGCAAAUGAAUGCUAUGAGACUAAUUCCUGCUUGUGAAUGUAUUCCUAAGUGUACCUGCUCCUUAGUAAGUAAGAUACAAAAGGAAAAAGAAGAGGAUCAAAUCAUUACGUUUUUGAAAGGCCUAAGUGAAGAAUAUGAGAGUAUUAAAUCUGCAAUUCUUGUUAUGGAACCUAUUCCUGCCCUUGAGAAAGUGUCGAGUAUGGCUUUAAAAAUUGAAAGGAAAAUCAAAAACUCUUUUAAUCAAAAGAACAGUGAUAUAAUUCAAGCAAAUGUUCUGCAAAAUGGUCAAGAUCAGUAUGAAGAAGAACAACCUACGGUGGCAGUCUCAACCCUAAACAAUAAGAAAAAAUACAAUAAUGGCAGUGGAAAUGGGAAUAGAUCAGGAAAGAGUGUGCCUAAGUGUACUUUCUGUAGAAGACUUGGUCACAUUAUUGACAAAUGCUACAAGAAACACGGUUUUCCCCCCUGGCUAGAUCCAAGGAUAUAA